AUGGCGGGCAAUCCCUCCACCAGCACGUCCUCUUCCAGGAAAGAGGAAAGCAUUUUGGAAACCAAGGUUAUCUUAAAUGACAGACCUCAGGUCGAGUAUCAGGAGGGCCGCUAUCCCCAAACCAUGCCGUUCAUCUGCCACUAUUCUUUGGACGCCGACUAUUUUGUCUCCUUCUCCUGGGUGCAGUUGGGCAAGAAGGAAGAGCGGACAGUGCUGUGGGUGUAUCCGAAAACGGGCCAGGAAGUUUUGCAGAAGAAGGAGCUGCCCAAGCAGGAGCGCCUGCCGCCCGUCCAGGCCCUGGUGUACGCGCACAUCCACCGGGUGCUGGUCAUGUACUGCGGUGACGUGGUCCUGCGGGUCCUCGGGGACCACAACAGUAACUUCAAGAUGCGCUGCGUGGUCCCGUGCCGCUUCUCCGUCAGCUGCCUGACCUACGCGCCCAAGACGGACGUCCUGCUGUCGGGCAUAGCGGGGGCCGUGGUCCUGUGGUCGAUCGAGCCGGGGGGGAAGGGUCUGCAGAUCCUGCAGAUCACGACCAUGUCCGGCAACGAGCUGGUGCAGGGGAUCAGCCUGGACGGGCCGCAGAACUCCCUGCUGCUCCUGUGCGAGAGCUUCUUGCGCGUCGUGGCGUGGCGGGGCCACAGGAAGCUGGAGGAGCUGCAGUCCUUCUCGUCCCCCCGGAGCGGGGACUCCUUGACCUGCUGCUGCACCUGCUCCUCCGAGGGCUACCUGUUCGGGGGCAACCAGGCGGGCCAGAUCCAGAUCUGGAACCUGGAGCAGCACGCCAACCGCAAGUCCUUCAUCAGCUUCCAGGCGCACGCGGGGCGCGUGGUGCUGGUCCACAACCACGACAGGAUGCACACCCUGCUGACGGCGGGGGGCGACGGCCUGCUGAAGGAGUGGCACCUGACGUCGGGCAGGCUGCUGCGCGAGCUGCACGUGUGCCCGGACCACCUGCUGCGGAUGCAGUUCAUCAGGGACGACACCUUCUUCUGCCACACCCAGCACAGCUUCUUCCUGUACCACACGGCCCAGUUCUACCAGCUCUUCAACAACUGCGGGGCCAGCCCCCAUCAGCUGAAGCGCAUCCACUGCGAGGGGAACCAGACGCUGAUCUUCUGCCACACCGCCGACGGCCUCUUUCGCUUCCUGUGCCCGCUGACCGGCAAUCUCCUGUUCCUCACGUGGCCCUUCAUGGCCCUGGACCGGGCCGUGGCCUCGGCCUACGACCGCGAGCACCGGGAGCUCGUCGUGGCCAUGGGGGACGCCACCGUGAUGAUCCUGGACACCACCAAGUGCCCGUGCAUGCCCAAGUACAUCCUGCAGGUCUGCGCGAAGGCCAACGACCAGAUACAGUGCAUGGCCUACGGGGAGCCCCACCUGGGCCGCGGCAUCAACAGCCUGAUAUACUGCGGCCACAAGAGCGGCCUCGUGAGCGUGCUGUCCCAGCACAGCUACGCCCGGGUGGAGAAAAGCAUCCACGACGGCCCGGUGCUGAUCAUCUGCACGUUGACCGGCUCCCCCAUCACCUCCAAGGAGAUGGAGCAGACCUUGGUCUGUUCCUACGGCGUGGACCAGUACGUGCACCUGUCCGAGGUCAUCUUUAAGGACGGCAAGGUGAGCCUCUCCGCCUUCACCAGCAUCCUGAGCAGCUGCAUCCUCCACCACCUGAUCCUGUUGCCCAAGGCCGUGGGGGCCAUCACCUCCGAGAGCCGGCUGCGGCUCUGGAACUACGGCGAAUUCCUGGUGAAUCCCCAAACGAAGCAGAAGUCGAAUUUCCAGGAGACCCUGCCCCUGCACAAGGUGCCCAUCGUCUCCUUCGACGUCUGCCUGACCCUGGAGAUCUUCGCCACCUCGGCCUCCGACGGCACCGUGGGCGUCUGGGACAUGAAAGGCAACCCCGUGGUCAUCUUUAACUGCAGCGUGCAGUUCGGCCCCAUUUGCUUCGCCAACGAACGGGGAGACCUGCUCCUGACUUUUAACAAUUGCAUCUACCUGAUAUCCUGCCUGCACCUGCUCCCCCCUUCCCUGCUCCCCCACUUACUCAGCAUCAACCUCGAGGAUGAGGUGAAGCAGGCGCCCAUCCCGUUCCUGCCCAGCUUCUUCUUGUCCUUCAGGAUCAUCUUCCUGCCGCGCUACGUCUCCAUGGGCGAAGGGGUGCAGAAGUUCCAGGGGCUGGACGCCCUGCCCAACGUGCGGACCAUCGCCUUUGACCACCUGGUUCCCCACGUGGUGGAAGAGAUCGACGGCUUAUUAUCCCUGAAGGGCAAGAUCCCCAAGGAGAAGGAAACGACUUUCUCACUGGCCAAGACCCAGGAUAUCCAGAAGCGGCCCCCGACCAGCAUGACCCAAGAUGAGUUGGCGCUGUGGGAGGGCUUGUGCCCCGUGAAGCUGCUGCAGCGUUACUUUGGCCAAGGACGGAAGUGGGUGAUCGCCCCCGACGGCUACAUCCCCAACUCGGUGGUCAGGGCCCGCAUGUGGCCCGAGGGCACCCCGGUCUUCCUUCACUGCGGGCUGGGGGAACCCCGGCGGGACCUGGCCUACCACGGGGCCAAGUUCAGGUUCUUCGCCGCGGAACACGUAGCCGAGGGGGGGGAAGAGCGGAAGCUCGGGAUCAGCCCCAAACGGCCCGCCCAGCGCUCGGAAGUCGACGACAUCUUGAACCUCAGGGGCAAACCCGAGGAGAUGAGUGAAGUGGCGGUCACUAAAACCGUCUCCACCCUGCUGGACGUGAUGUCCCAGUCCGUCCCCGUGAAAUACAAGAAGUGCAUCGACCUUCUGUCGAAGGUCUUCGCCGUCUACAACGUGGCGCCGGGGCUGCGCUCCGAAACCGCGCAGCAGCUGCUGGACGACACCUCCCACACCAACGCCGAAAUCCGCAAGGACGCCUGGGAGGGCUUGGAGCGGCUCGGCCUGAUCAGUCACCUCUUCGCCAUCCCCCUGGUGCAAGGGCUGCUGGACAGGGAUGAGAGCGUGCGGAAGAAGGCCUGGGAGCUCAUCGGGUCUCUGACGGGCAUCCGGGACAAGGCCGGCUUGCUGGAACUGCUCCAGGACCGGGAGACCUUCCAAGCGCUGCAGCAGGAGAAGAUCGGGAACCAGUCCUUGGACCAGCUGCUGGGGAUUCGACUCCAGGACCUUUACUCCCUCAGAGACAUGGUGGAGCACCAGCUCAGCGACAGCCUCACCCCAGUCGACUCUAAACCCAAAGUCUCCUUGCCUCCAAGCCUGCCGGUGCUCACUCAGCAUCCAGCCUUCAUUAGCCCCAAGGGCAUUGAUGCAACUGAAAUUUCCCCAAGCGAAGAAAAGAAGCAGGAGCAUCUCCUCAGAAGGGCAGGGAAGAUCACAGCCAAGUCUCUGGAUAUCUUCAAGAAGUCCAGAGAGAAAACCCAAGAAGAGAGGAAACCCAGCAGACCUGUUAGCUUUGCAAAGCUUGAGACGUUAGAGGAGGAGGCUGUGAGCAGACGCGAUAGCCGCCUCCCGUCGGUCUCACUGUCCGCCACUGAACUUCCUCCGAGCAGGUCCGGGAGAGAGUCCCAGAUUGAGGGUUGGGAUAUACAGAAGCCGAUACCACUGGAUGUUCAGAGCCAAGAAACCCCGAGUGAUCGUGGUGAUAUGAAGCCAGUUCAGAUCAAAAAGGCCAAGCCUAAAAGGAAGGGUAAAGUUAGGAAGAAGGUGGAGGCGGAAGGAGAGAAGGAAAAAGACGAGGAAAGGAGGAAAGAAUUGGAGAAGGCCCUGGAAAAGAGUCUCGAGAUGAUUGAGGAGAAGCCUGCCUGGUACUCUGAAGAGGACAAACUUAGGGAGAUGAUCAAAAAGAUGUCUACCUUCCCCGAAGAGGACAAAGAAAAAACCUGGAGAGAUAACCUCCUCCAGCUAGUUAACUUGAGAGAUUCAACCUCCCGAAAAGGGGAACUGGGUCAAGACAUAAUGGGUGUGGCUCAGGAGAAGCUCGAUAAGAAGUCUGCCAGCUGGGACCUCCUCCAGAGCAUGUUCCAAGGAGGAAGAGAAGAAAAGGAGAAGGAAGUGGAGGAGGAGGAGGCUGUGGUCUUGGAGGAAAAGAAAGAGCUAAAGCCUAAGGUAGAGGAAUUGGAUAUUCUGAAGCCCAGGAAAAGGAAAGUGUUUUUCUCAGAAACUGAGACCUUUGAGGGCCCUACCUAUCAAGAGUCUAAACUCAGGAGAAAAGAAUGGAAAAUGUUACAGAGGGAGAAGAAACUGGCCAAGAAGGAGAAGAAACUGGCUAAGGAGGAAGGUAAGCUGAGCAAGACCAAGGAAGAGCUGGCCAGGAGAGAGGAAAAGCUGGCUAAGAAAGAGAGUAUGCUGGCCCAGUUAAAGAAGGCACUAGCCAAGGAAGAGAAAAUAAAGCAAAAGGUCAAGAAGGAGGAAUACAAGGGGACUGUCCACGAUAAAGCCAACCUGUUGCUGACCAUGUUCAAGGACGCGUCCAGGGAUGUCAUGAGGCGGGCCAGGCAGGAAAGAGUGAAGUCCAGGACUCGGAAGAGUCUCACCAAGGAUGUGAGAAAGGAGAAACCUUUGCCAGACCAAAUCUCCAAGGAGGACUACGAGAAGAAGAAACUGAUUAGGGAGAGGAGGGCAGCUGAAAAGGAGAAGAUAGAGAAGCUGGAGAAGAUGCUAAAGGAAAAAUAUAAGAGAAAAGAGGCUCGUGAAGAAGCCGAACGUUUUCUGGGUAAGAGUGAAAUGCUGCCUGAGGAGGGGCCCACCGAGAAGCAACGGCUUGAGAGAAGGCCAUCCAAGAAGUGGAGGCCGUCUGAGAAGGAGUUGUCCUCCGAGGAGCCCACCGAGAGGCCGCCCCGUGAAAGGAGGCCGUCCAAGAAGCGGAGGGCAUCUGAGAAGCCGCCAUCUGAAGAGCCCACUGAGAGGCCGCCCUGGGAAAGGAGGCCGUCUGAGAAGCGGCGGCCAUCCGAGAAGCCACCAUUUGAAGAGGAGCCAUCCGAGAAGGGGCUACCUGAGACGGGGAGGUCCAAGAAACCGAGGCCUGAAAGGGACACAAUUGAGAAGCGGCUGGCUGAGGAGGGGCCCUCCGUGGAGGGGCCACCCAAAAAGCGGCCAACUGAGGAAGUGCCAACUAAGGAGAAGCAACCACCAGAGAGGGAGCUAUUAGAGGAGCCUUUUCAAGAGGGACCACCUGAGAAAGGGCCUUCUGAAGGUUGGCUGCCUGAGAGGGGGCCAUCAGAGACUUCCAAGGAAGGACCAUUGGAAGAGGGGCCGUAUGAAGAAGGCUGGCUCCGGGAGGGGCUGCCUGAGGAGGGGCCACUUGAGGAGGGGCCUUCUGAGCAAGAACCUUCUGAGAAGGAGCCAUCUGAAGAGAGGCCCUUCGAGAAGCAGUGGCCUGAGAGGGGGCCAUCUGAAGGGGGGCAGCCCGAGGAGAUGCCUCCUGAGGCAGGGCCAUAUGAAGAAGGCUUGUCUGAGGAGGGACCACUUCAGAGGAGACCCUCUAAAAAGCAGUUGCCUGAGAGGGGACCAUCUGAAGAAGGACCAUAUGAAGAGGGGCAGCCUGAGGAGGGGCUGCCUGAGAGAGCCCCCCCCCAAAAAAGACUGCCUGAGAAGCAGUUAACUGAGAGGGUACCAUCUGAAGAAGAACCAUUUGAGGAGGAGCAACCUGAGGAGGGGAGGCCUGAGAAAGCCCCCCGAAAAAAGAGACUGCCUGAGAAGGCGCCCUCCAAAAAGCGGCUCCCGGAGAGGGGACCAUCUGAGGAGCCGGCUGAAGGGUGGCCAUCCGAGGAAGAAUCAUCUGAGGAGGGGCGGCCUGAGAAAACCCGCCGAAAAAAGAGACUGCCUGAGAGGGAGCCCUCCAAAAAGCACGUCCCUGAAAGGGAACCCUCUAAAAUGCGGCUCCCUAAGAGGGAACUCUCCAAAAAGCAGUUAAGAGAGAGGGGACCAUUCAAGGAAGAACUAUCUGAGGAAGAACCAUCCGAGGAGGAGCAGCCUGAGGAGGGGCGGCGUAAGAGAGCCCCCCGAAAAAGGAGACUGCCUGAGAGGGAGCCCUCCAAAAAGCGGUUACCUGAGAGGGAGCCCUCCAAAAAGUGGUUACCUGAGAGGGGAGUGUCAGAGGAAGAACCAUCCGAGGAGCAGCAGCCUGAAGAGGGGCUGCCUGAGAGAGCCCCCCGAAAAAAGAGAUUGGCUGAGAGGGAGCCCUCCAAAAAGCAGUUACCUGAGAGGGAGCCCUCCAAAAAAUGGUUAACUGAGAGGGAACGGUCCGAGGAAGAACCAUCUGAGGAGGAACAGCCUGAGGAGGGGAGGCCUAAGAGAGCCCCUCGAAAAAAGAGACUGCCUGAGAGGGAGCCCUCCAAAAAGCGGUUACCUCAUAGGGAGCGCUCCAAAAAGUAUUCCGAGGAAGAACCAUCCGAGGAGGAGCAGCCUGAAGAGGGGCAGCCUAAGAGAGCUCCCCGAAAAAAGAGACUGCCUGAGAGGGAGCCCUCCAAAAAGUGGCUGCCUGAGAGAGAGCCCUCUAAAAUGCGGCUGCCUGAGAGGGAACCUUCCAAAAAGCGGUUACCUCAAAGGGAGCCCACCAAAAAGUGGUUAACUGAGAGGGAACAGUCCGAGGAAGAACCAUCUGAGGAGGAGCAGCCUGAGGAGGGAAGAGGUUACCUCAAAGGGAGCCCACCAAAAAGUGGUUAA